CUAUUUUCCCCUUGCAGCGGAGAGAAGGAGAGCGCACUGGGCCGUCACUGCUGUAGAGGAGGGUUUUUUUCUUUUCUUCGAAGUCCUUUUCUUCGUGGAAGAACUACACUUUGGUGGAAAUCCUUCCCCGUGUGAUUCCUCCUCUCAUGUCGCAGUGUGGUGUCUGGCAGCGGGUGGAUUUUUUAAGCUGUUGAGGAAAGCUUUGUGCACCCCCAGGAUUCACCCUCCUCCCCCGUUUCCCCUCUUGUACGCAUCCUUCUCUUCAAGGUGGGAUGAAUUUGGACAGAAACGCAGAGGCAGCGAGAGCACCGCCGGCCCGCGAUGCGGCCCCCGCGUUUCAUUUACCGAGAACUUCAAACAGCAGUCGGGAAACUUUAGAGAACUCAAGCAGCGAGUCCUCGGACACAGAGUUGGCAGAAAAGGAGAGGAGCGCUGAACACAGGAGCGAUGACGGGAACGCGGACGAUCCCAAGAAGAAGAAGCAGCGGCGGCAGCGGACUCACUUCACCAGCCAGCAGCUGCAGGAGCUGGAGUCCACUUUCCAGAGGAACCGAUACCCGGACAUGAGCACCAGGGAGGAGAUCGCCGUGUGGACCAACCUGACCGAGGCCAGAGUCCGGGUGUGGUUCAAAAACCGCCGGGCCAAGUGGAGGAAGCGGGAGCGCAACCAGCAGAUGGACCUGUGCAAGAACAGCUACCUGCCGCAGUUCAGCGGCCUCAUGCAGCCUUACGAGGACAUGUACCCGGCGUACACCUACAACAACUGGACGAACAAGGGCCUCACCCCGGCGCCGCUGUCCACCAAGAACUUCACCUUCUUCAACUCCAUGAGCCCGCUCACCUCGCAGUCCAUGUUCUCGGCGCCCAACUCCAUCUCCUCCAUGACCAUGGCCUCCGGGAUGGGCCACUCCGCCGUGCCGGGCAUGCCCACCCCGGGCCUCAACAACAUCAGCAACCUGAAUGGGAUCGGCACGUCCGGCAUUAACUCGGCCAUGUCUCCGUCCGCGUGUCCGUACGGGCCACCCGGCUCUCCGUACAGCGUUUACCGGGACACUUGCAACUCCAGCCUGGCCACGCUCAGACUCAAAUCCAAACAGCAUCCAACUUUCGGAUACAGCAGCCUGCAGAGCCCCGGGUCGAGCCUGAACGCGUGUCAGUACAACAGCUGACGGGACCAAAGCGCGCGUAAAUGUUACAAAAAAUUAAGAAAUAUAUGUGAUAAACGGACACGGUGUCAGAGCUUACAGGAUACCUGCGGAUUCGGGGGGGGGGGGGGAGGGGGGGGGGGGCGUCAAAGACAACUAAACUGGAUUAGUUGCAAUCAUUUUUCAAAAAAGAAAAACAAGAAAACUUGGAUUAUGCGGGUUUUAUGUGUUUACCAAUGAACUUGCACAGCAGUUGAAAUGUCGAGGAUUUUUUUUUUUUUUUAAAUGAUGAAGACGUGUUACAUUGCUGCAUUGUACAUAUAUAAAUGUAAAUAUAUACAGGCUUAACAUAUGAAACACACGAUGGGAUUUUUCUUUUGCGCUUGCUUGCUUUUGGAGACUGGCAAAAGGGGGAAGGGGGGGGGGGGGUCCUGAUCAAAAAAGGAUUUACAAGUAAAAACUAAAUUAAAUAAAGUGUGGAGCUUAUCAUGAAUCCAGACUCGAUAAGAGAAAAGAAAUCCAGUUCAUAAUAUACACAUUUUAUACUGCUUCUGUGUGCUUUCUAUUUGCCGUCUUGCAGGGGUGCCACCGGCCCGUUUGACCCGCGACGCCUCCCGUCCAGCGACUGUACUUUGAAAUGUUUUUCUUCUCAUUUUGUUUGCUGAAAUAGAAAAAAAAAGCCCCGCAUGUUUAAUAAACUUGAGUGCAACGUGUUUUGUACUAUAAUGUAAUACUUUGCAGAAGUAAGUUCAUUAGCCUAAACUGUAUACAAAAAAAGGUGAUUCAAAGUCCUCGUGUGUUUAUGGUGACAUGUUUGUUUGAAUAAACUCCAGGAAAAGAGAUUUAUUUCAAGUAUGUUUUAGAGGAGACUUCGUUUAACGAGACAAACCGCAGCGGGACAGUUAUUUUACUCCAAAGAGGAGCAAAAUGAAUAAUUGGCUAAAUAUCCGCAGACACAUUGAUCCACUGGGAUUAUCUCAGAAAUAUGAAGCUUUUUUUAAGGAUUAAUGGGACUAAACCGUAGGUUAUGGCUUUGACCACGAUAUUUAAAUAUUUUAUUCCUUUGCUAAUUUAAAGCGUAUUCAAGCAUUUUCUUUGACUUUAUUGAACAUCACUUUUUUUCUGUGGAGGGAAAUAAAUCCAAUGGAGUUCAAACGCAUCUUGGAAACACAAACUUUAAUAUUUAAAUUUCUAGGAACUAUAAGGAUCAUUCUCUAAAGCCUUAUUUAAUAUUAUGGGUCAUUUCAUUUGGUGAGAAUAUGAAAAUCACGGCUCGGUGCAGAAAAUAGCCCUUUUAUUUUAUAACAUGCCUGUCCAAAUCUAGAUUUAUGAGUUGUACUUGAGCCUUGCUCUCCUUAUUUACACUAUAAGAGCACACUUGGUUGAAGUUGGAGUCACUCAGGAUACUUUCUAUAUGGACCUAACAGACUCCCAUUUUAAGGAGUUAUAAUCAGAGGAUUUAAAAAAAAAAAAAAAGUUGCGUUUAAGCGAGUUGAAGCCAUUUAUUUAUUUAAUUAGCUGCAAAAAUACGAAACUCUCAAACAGACUUGUGUCUAAAUUGCCUAAAACACCUAGACAAAUAAAAUGCAGCUUACUUCUUUGGUCAACAAUGCCAAGUUUGUCAAUCAAAAUGGAUUCAAUCAAUACCAUAUCUCGUUUUCUGACACCUGCAGAAAUCCCCAUAUCUAUAUUACUCACCGUUAGACUGAUAUUAGCGCGCAUGCACAAAUGCAGCAGUAAUGACUGUGUGCUUAAACUGAUAGUGCUGUGUGAGGGGAGGAUGUUAGGAUUAGAGGCAACACUUGAAUAAACCAUCAAAUGUAACGCAGGCUUCUAAUGACUAAUAAAAACAGCCUGCGACUCCUAAAAAAUUAAAUGAUGCUGAAAGUCAGCAAACUCAUUUAAACCGGUUUCUAUAGGUAUGAUAGUGAGUUUCUAACUUUAAUUUUCUAUAAUAUUAACCAAUUAAAGGUGAGUUUAUAUUCAUAGUGUGAUUUGUUUAAGAUCUCCUAAUGGCUUUUUAGUAAUUAUUCUUGCUCUAGCUUAACUAACAAAAGGGAGUUUGUUGAGUUUAAAGUGUCUUUUGGGGAAAUGUAGUCCUAAAAUAUUUUACAAUAACUGAAUAAAAAAAAGGGACCACAACACCAACAUAAAUUCAGAUAUCACUGUGUCUCUAAACUGAAGUAUAAUAGUCUCAUAAUAACUUGAAACAUGUCUGAAACACUUUUCUAUUAAUUAAAUGUAAUAUUCAAUAUUGACUUGUAAUGUGUCCGUGAUAUUAAAAAUUGAGUUAAUGUGAACCUGAAAUACCUUUUUGAAAAAUGUAUUAUAUUAUUCCUGACACUCAAAAGUCAGAUUUUUGGUAAUUGUUCUAGUUUUUCUUUAAUAUUCUAUUAAUAUUUUGUAACCCAUAGUUUACAGUGUCUGUACUCAAAAGUGAUGUUGACCUCUGUGCCUUUUUAGAAAAUCUCUCCUAUAGGGACUCUAAUUUAAUAUUUCACCAUAACAUUUACCGUUUAUCUCCUAUGAUAAGCCUAAAAUAUUCCUUUAAUAUUUUUUUAAAACUAGAUUAUUGAACUUGAGGUUCUAUUAAAAAAAACUCCUAUAUUGGAUCUAGCCAUUAUAUUUUUUAGCAGUGUGUCUGGCUUCUUGACUUUAUGGCGCCCUUUUCCUGUUAUAAAUAAAUAAUAUUCCUAUAAUAUUUUAUCUUAACCUGUAGCGUGUCUGUGAUAAUCAAAAGAAAGUUUAUGAAUCACUUACCUCUAGAAUACAUUUGUUAUUUUACCACAGAGUUUCUGACGCUCAAACGUUAGUUAAAUGUAAUUUGGGUGUUUUACUGGUGAAUUUAUCUCUUAUAUAAUAUUUGACCUUAUCGUCUGGUGAGUUUAUAGACCUAGGUGAGUUUCGGUGAUUUGAUCUUCUGUAGCAGACGAAAACGUAUAAUAGUGUCUCAUAACUUCUGUCAAACACACUGCUGUUACUAUUUCUGUAAGUCUAACUGUCACAGGUUACUGAAGCUCUCUUGUCGUUGAGGUCCACCAUUCACAAGUCAUAACAGUAACAUCAGCAGCGCACGCGGUUUCCUGGGGCGUGCCCGCCCGCAUGGAGCUAAUGGCAGAGCGUUUGGGUGGGCAUGCGCACUGGCUGUGAUUGCAACCAUCCGCUUUGAUUUGGAAAUGUUUAACGAGUGGACAAAGCGCACCCGAGGCUCAUAAUGAUUUGUAACAAAAACAAAGCGCGCAUGCUGUCGUAAAUGUUACCCAUAAUACUUGUUUCCGGGUAUAAAUAAGACCACGCGGCACCGUGAACGCCCCUGAACCAAGAGGGCAGAGUUCAACACGCUGCUUUAUAGCAGUAAAUAUUUGACCUCGUGUUUCUCUGGUGAGGAAGUCCCCACUUCUCCUUAAUUAUGAGAGAUACUGCUAUGGAACGGAAGAAAACAAUACACAAUCAUAAUAUCAGAUGCGUUUCCUUCCUCUCUCAAGAACAAAUGAUUCAGAGUGAAAAGAUGAGAAUAAGUUAGGCAAGAAAUAAAUCACAAAAGUUGUUGUGAGUAAUUGAAGAUAAAAAAAGGGUCAACCAAUCUCAAUUUUUACUUUUCUGGACAUUUCAAGACGUCACAACUGAGAUAUGAUGGGAUUUUUUCAUGGUUUCAUGAUAUUCGAUUAAAAAAACGAUGAAUCGGUUUCAGUAAGGAAAUAAUCGGCUGAUUAAUCAAGAAUGAAAAUACCAACUUAAAGUCACAGCAUCAAGAUGAAGGCUGCAGCCAAACUGAACUGUCAUAACAGACCUUUUCUGAUGAGUCGCAUUACUCAAGAAGAACUCAACCAGCAAACUUACAAAACUUUGAAUGCGUAAAUAAUACCGGCAUUCCACGAGGCCCCUUUAGAAGUCAACUGUGCUCCUACCGACCACAUCGGUCUGAAGUACCAGUUUUGAAUUACAAGUUGUUUUCACGAAUUACAACUGUACUAUUAACUAUUAGCUUAC